CCCCUUUUCGGGUGUCGGUUGUGCGCAGCCGCGGCGGUGGCGCGAGAGCGGCUGACGGUUUUUCGGACUGUGAUCGAGGACUUGAGCUUGUGGCACCGAGAGGCUGGCUGUGUAGCUGUAGUUUCACGACGUGGAACCGAGCGACUGUCAUGAAGGAACCUCGAGGUCAUAUGACCUAUCCAUGUGGAUAAAGCAAGGUGAAGCACCAUGUCAUCAUGUGUCUCAAGCAGAUCUGCUGCCGAGAGGCCUGCAAGCAGAAAUGAGCAACGUGGUAACAACAAAGAGCAGUCAGAUGUUAGUUGUAGUCUGUCAUCCCUAACUAUUGACUUAGGCAUGGAGUCUUUUAUCAUUGUGACCGAGUACGACCAGAGUACCACAAGCAGUGAACAAGGACAAAAUGGCGAAGGAAUACUUGAAGAUGAACCUAUGCAAGAGAAUAAUGAAUUGGACAAAUCACCAUGUGAUAAGGCUUUGGGACGAUUAGAGAGAGCUCAAUCUGAAGAUAUUCGGCAACCUAGAAUAAAACUAAGUAUGUCCAAUCGGAAACUAUCUCUCCAAGAAAAGUCCAAUUUAACUCAGUCACCUGGCAGCGGUUCAGCCAUUAAUGGACGUUAUAUAUAUCCUUCUUUGCCGUAUUCUCCAAUUACAUCACCACAUUCUUCUCCUCGGUUGCCUCGCCGUCCAACAGUGGAAUCUCAUAGAGUUUCUAUUACCGAUCUACAGGAUUGUGUGCAGUUAAACCAGUACAAAUUAAAAGAUGAAAUUGGAAAGGGUUCCUAUGGAGUUGUCAAACUGGCAUACAACGAAGAUGAUAACACCUACUAUGCAAUGAAAGUCCUUUCUAAAAAGAAGUUGAUGAGGCAAGCUGGAUUUCCACGUCGUCCCCCACCUCGAGGUGCCAAAAUUGUUCCACAAAUCUCUGCACAGCCUAAAGGGCCUUUGGAUAGUGUGUACCAAGAAAUUGCCAUUUUGAAGAAGUUGGAUCAUCCAAAUGUUGUCAAACUAGUUGAAGUGCUUGAUGACCCCAGUGAAGAUCAUCUGUACAUGGUUUUUGAACUUGUGAAACAAGGCCCUGUAAUGGAGGUUCCAACUGAAAAACCCUUGUCAGAAGAACAAGCACGAUUUUACUUUCAAGACUUGAUUAUGGGAAUUGAAUUCUUGCACUAUCAAAAGAUUAUUCAUCGUGACAUUAAACCUUCCAAUCUGUUGGCUGGAGAAGAUGGCCAUAUCAAAAUAGCUGACUUUGGGGUUAGCAACCAGUUUGAGGGAACAGAUGCCCUUCUGACCAGCAGUGUGGGCACACCUGCAUUCAUGGCUCCCGAGACCAUUUCUGAAACCAGGAAGAAUUUUCAUGGCAAGGCUUUGGAUGUUUGGGCAAUGGGCAUCACGUUGUACUGUUUCGUUUUGGGACAUUGCCCCUUCAUGGAUGAUCAGAUAUUAAGUCUGCAUAACAAAAUCAAGAACCAGCCUGUGGAGUUUCCUGAGCAGCCAGACCUCUCUGAAGAACUCAAGGAUCUCAUUUUUAAAAUGCUAGAUAAAAACCCGGAAACCAGGAUCACAGUUUCACAGAUCAAGAUGCAUCCAUGGGUGACAAGACAUGGUGCUGAAGCACUUCCUACAGAGGAUGAGAAUUGUAUCCUUGUUGAAGUUACUGAAGAGGAGGUUGAGAAUUCGGUCAAACAUAUUCCAAGCCUGGCAACAGUCAUUCUUGUUAAAACAAUGCUUCGAAAACGUUCUUUUGGGAACCCUUUUGAGGGAAGUAGGCGAGAGGAACGAUCUUUGUCUGCAUCAGGAAACUUUCUUGUGAAACAAGGCAGUGGGGAUAGUCUGAAGGGUCCUGAUCUGCCAGAAGUUGAAGAAGAUGUGGUUCUGUCAUGAAGUUAAAAUGCAAUAAAGGACAUUGUGCAUGCUCAUUGGUUUCUCCAACAAAAAUGCAUCAGUUGCCAGAGAAUGACAGAUGUGUCAGAGGCCAGAUUAAGGCAUUAGAAGAGAACUUCCUGAGGUAUAAGUUAUCAACAGCUGUCAAAUCACGGGUUGUAAUGUCUUUUGUGGUUUUGCAUGAAAAUUCUUUGAAAUGUUUCAUUGCCUCAAACACCAGUAACUGAACAUAAGGCAUGGAAAUAGUCAAUUUAUGGGUACAGCUGUUCAACUGGUUUUUAAUGUUUUAAAUCUUUGUACAAAGUAACUUGCUUUCUUAAGAUACUUCUGCUGCAUUUAGUUGAGGUAGUUGUGCUUGUUUCUUACAGGUGUUGUGGGACCCAGAAUUUCUCCUCAAAAUGGAGGAAAUAUAGGUACUUAAACUGACUGCCACAAUAUCAAUUAAGAUGCGUAUUAUAGAAUGUUUACAAUAUUGGCUCAAUAUUCUGAUCUACAUUUAAUCUUUCUCAACUCUGUAAUUACAAGUUAAUACCAAUUUGGCUGAACUGUUACAACAUUUUUUUUAAAAAGUACCUUACACUUUUAGUUUAGAUACAUUAUCUUGCAUGGUAUUUGAGGUUAGUUUAUAUUGAUGUAACUCUUAAAAUACUUCCUAAAAUGUACUGCAUUGAAUAUAGUGGAGACAUUUCAAUAUUUUGAUCCAUAUUCAUAGUUGCCAUAAAUAAUCAGAUUUUCUUCAUAGACAUGCUAGACCUUUAGAUGAUCUGGAUUGCAUAUUUACUGCAUUUUACUGUAUAUUAACCAGUGUACAAGAUUUUAUCAUAGUACUAUCUUGUCCAGAGUUUUAAAAAAAAAUUACUUCAUUUUAUGGGUAUGGUCUCCCAUAUUGAUUUUGAUGACCAAAGCAAAACCCUUUUCAUAAAAGUUGAAGAUAUGAUUACAAGUGCAAAAAAAUCCCACAGUACUUUUUUUAUCCAGGUGGUACCAAUUCACUAAUAUGCAACGUGCAUCAUUUAAUCAAUGGAAUGUUUUGAAAAGGGCAAAUGCUUUCAAUAGUAGAACACACAAUAAUGAGAUUUUGUGGAAAUGGUUUUUAUUUGUAAAUGCGUAUAGAGGAAUAAAAAUGAUGGUUUCUUGUGAACAGUCAUGUGAUUUUAAUGCAGUUCUAUAUUACAUUUAUAUGGAAACUUUGUGCUCUUAAUUAUCUCAUCAUUGAAGAAUGAGAAAUAUGAAUUUGUAAUGUAGAAAAGCCAUGAUUGUUAUCUGCUUUACUCUGGGUAAAACCUUGCCUACUUUAAGAUGCUCCUCAAAACCUACCUCUCUGCACAAACUUUCAGUCAUUCAUCCUAAAAUCAUUUUUAGCUGAGAUGUCAAUUUGUGUAUGACUAUUUCUGUGAAGCGCCUUUGUAUGUUUAAUUAUGUCCAAGGCACUGUAUUAUUGUGAAUUGAUGUCACAGUUUAAAAUUGAAGGACAUAGUGGCCUUUUAUUCUUUUGUCGUAUUGAUAAUUUUUCAGUGGUCAACUACAAGUUACAAUUAUGCUACAUUGCAAUAUUUCUGAAACGAAUUGCCAAAUAUAAUUUGUGCAUUUAAUAAAACUGAUUCUUGUGCUUAAGUUUUAUACAGUGGCCAAACAUUCUCUGUUAUGUACUUCUGGAAAUAGUAAUUAUAUUAAAUUAUCAGUUAUAGCCUUGCAUACUUAGAUGCUCCUUAAAUGACUUUCAGGCACUUCUGCUGUUUCGUGGUGAACUUUCAUCCGGUAUUUCAUAACCAAAAUCUUUCUUUUUCUAUGAAUAGGUAAAAUAUGUAAAUUAAUUACAAAUAUUAUCUAAUGUCUUGAAAUACAGCCAUUACUGCAUCUGUUGAAAAACAUCCAACUUUUUACUGUAGAUCACAUAGUAAAGUGACAUUUGUGAAAAAUCUGAAGUUGUGUGAUGGAUUACGUAAUGUAAUGGCUGUUUAUAAAAAUGCUUGGUAAGUAAUUUGUUGAUUUUAUUGAUUUAUAAUGAUUUACAGAAGUUAAGGUAAUCAUAAAACUUAUUUAUAAUCUGUAUUAAACUGUGUGAUUUCAUCAAUAAAGCAUUUAUUAAGGUCA